GUUCACUGCUCAUUUUGACGUACAAUACCGCUCACCAGUGGCCAGUCCACACACCAGUCCGUCACUACCAACAACCGAAUGAGAACACGUCCUGAUCGUCUCCUCCUUUUUGUGUACACUUUCCUACAAAGAAAUCUCAAAUUUAACUUCGGCACACAAGCACAGCAAGAGCUGCUGCUAUGAUGAAAUUGGAGGAGAUUAAAAAUGAGAACGUACCCAUGAAGAUCUCUGGUGGUGAAGAGAUUUCAUCUGGAAUUCACCACAUUAACACCGCUUGGAGAGAAACAAAGCUGGAGACGUACCCGUGCAUCCGAUGUGGGAAGAGUUUUAGUGAUGUGGGAUUUCUCAAAACACACCAUUGCAUUCACACAGGUGAGAAGCCAUAUUACUGCACAGAAUGUGGGAAGAGUUUUAUUGUGCGCAAUCAUCUCGAACGACACCAGCGUAUUCACACGGGAGAGAAGCCGUAUCGCUGCUCACAGUGUGGAAGAAGUUUUAGGGAUGGAGGAACUCUCAAAACUCACCAACGCAUUCACACGGGAGAGAAGCCGUAUCUUUGCUCACAGUGUGGAAGAAGUUUUAGGGAUAGAGGAACUCUCAAAACUCACCAACGCAUUCACACAGGAGAGAAGCCGUAUUACUGCACAGAAUGUGGGAAGAGUUUUAUUGUGCGCAAUCAUCUCGAACGACACCAGCGUAUUCACACGGGAGAGAAGCCGUAUCGCUGCUCACAGUGUGGAAGAAGUUUUAGGGAUGGAGGAACUCUCAAAACUCACCAACGCAUUCACACAGGAGAGAAGCCGUAUCACUGUUUACAGUGUGGGAAGAAUUUUUCUGUUAGUGGAACCUUCGUGAAGCACCAGCGCAUUCACUCAGGAGAGAAGCCUUAUUACUGUUCAGAGUGUGGGAAAAGUUUUAGUCAGGCAGGAACACUCAAAACACAUCAACGCACCCACACAGGAGAGAAGCCGUAUCACUGUUUACAGUGUGGGAAGAGUUUUACUGAAAGAGGAACUCUUGUGAAGCACCAGCGUAUUCACACAGGAGAGAAGCCGUAUCACUGCUCACAGUGUAGACUGAGCUUCACUCAUUUAAAUGUAUUUAAGACACACAAGUGCAUUAGAGCAGCACAGUCAGUAUGUAACACGUGAAUUUGUCAAGUCAAGAAAUAUUAUUAUUAAAAGGUAUAACAAUACACUCCAGUCACAAUUCAUUUUGAUUCACGAUACUGGCUUCAUAUUUUGAUUCAACUUGAUUCUCCGUAUAUUUUGAACAAAAUUUGAAUGGACAAAAAUGACAGACUUUUUUUUUUAAUUUCUGAAUCAUAAAUAAUGCAAAACAAUGUGCAUUUGUGUCUGUAUAAAACUCAUUUUAACCAGUAAUAGAUCUCCAAAGUCAGCUAGAAUGUCCAGCCUUCACAAACAUGAUUUAUGAACUAUUCCUUUCUUAGAGCUCCUGAUCUUGACGAUAUUUUGAAAAAGACUGAAUGGCUUUAACGUUUAACGAGUGAUUUUCAAAGAUUGAAAUAAAAAUCCAAACAGUGCAAAAGUUGUCCAUAUAUGAGUGUGAUCAAAUAGUUUGCAUAAAUAUAAAAAGCAGGCUACACUGAAGGGGGGGAGAAAAUGUUUAUAGUAACUGCUUAACCUGCAUGACCUGGUCAGGUUAGCAAUAUGAGGAGUGAACAGUAGCUGACUCAGGUUGUUUGAAGGGCAGUGGCCAAAAAAAAAAAAGUCUUCAUCCUUGAUUAACAUUGUUAUAAGUCAAAUGAGAUUAAAAUUAGUAAAACGCAGAGGGAACUACGAACAUUUUUUUUCUCACACACACAUGCUAAGGUCAUUGAAAAAGCUACAAUUUGGGAACUUAACAGGGAAGGGACAUGCUGAGUAUUGGAGUCAUAGCAGAAUUAUUCUUUUGGCUAUAUGUUUAUACAUCGAACAGCCGUAAGGUUAAAACCACUGAGAGGUGAAGUGAAUAAUAUUGAUGACCUCAUUACAAUGGCAUCUGCAAGGGGGUGGGAUAGAGUAGGCAGCAAGUGUAUUGUCAUUUCUCUAAGUUGAUGUGUUGGAAGUAGGGAAAAUGGCCAAGUGCAAGGAUCUGAGUGACUGACAAGGGCCAAAUUGU